UGCAUUUUGUCCUCCAAUUCUCAUCCACUCACUCUGUAAUCCGCUAAAUCAUUUUCUCCCUUCCUUUUCCUUUCAUGUUUCGUCCUUUGUUUUCUCAUUUUCCUUCAUAGCCUCACACUCAAUAACCCUCCCCCCUUUCUCUGAACCUUGACCAUGGCUGCCACUGUAAAUGCUGCAGUUUCGCUCCCCACAACCAAGUCAUCUUCUCUUCCAAGCAGAAUCGCCAACAUUAACCCAGAAAAAGUCAGUUUCAGCAAGGGUUUCCUUUACUCCAGAAACGUCUAUGUGGUUGGGAGAAAGGUUACUAUUAGAGCUCAAGUCACAACACAGGCUCCUGCUAAAGUAGAAAAGGUGUCAAAGAAGAAUGAGGAGGGCAUAGUUGUCAACAAGUUCAAGCCCAAGAAUCCAUACACUGGGACAUGUCUUCUCAACACCAAAAUUACUGGAGAUGAUGCCCCUGGAGAAACCUGGCACAUGGUCUUCAGUACUGAGGGGGAAGUGCCAUAUAGAGAAGGCCAAUCCAUUGGUGUCAUUCCAGAUGGUAUUGACAAGAAUGGGAAACCCCACAAGCUACGUUUAUAUUCCAUUGCCAGUAGCGCUCUGGGAGACUUUGGCAACUCUAAAACUGUUUCUUUGUGUGUCAAAAGGCUUGUCUACACCAAUGAGCAAGGAGAGAUUGUGAAAGGAGUCUGCUCGAAUUUCUUGUGUGACCUGAAACCUGGGGCUGAAGUUAAAAUCACAGGACCUGUAGGAAAAGAAAUGCUUAUGCCAAAAGAUCCAAAUGCCACAAUCAUUAUGCUUGGAACUGGAACUGGAAUUGCUCCUUUCCGCUCAUUCUUGUGGAAGAUGUUCUUUGAGAAACACGAAGACUACAAGUUCAAUGGGUUGGCUUGGCUCUUCUUGGGUGUCCCAACCAGCAGCUCAUUGCUUUACAAAGAGGAGUUUGAGAAGAUGAAGGAGAAGGCCCCAGAUAACUUCAGAGUUGAUUAUGCUGUGAGCAGAGAACAAACAAAUGAGCAGGGUGAGAAGAUGUACAUUCAAACCCGAAUGGCACAAUAUGCAGAGGAGUUAUGGGAACUACUCAAAAAGGACAACACCUUCGUAUAUAUGUGUGGGCUCAAGGGAAUGGAGAAGGGGAUUGAUGACAUUAUGGUGUCUUUGGCAGCUAAAGAUGGCAUUGAUUGGAUUGAAUACAAGAGAUCACUGAAGAAGAGUGAGCAAUGGAACGUUGAAGUCUAUUGAUUUUUAGCAGGCACUAGCCAUCAAGUUGCUGAAGAUCCCAUUAUUUUACUGAUUUCUUCUCAUAACAUAGAUAUAUAAAUUUUCCCUGCAUUCUUUUUUUUUUUUUGUUAUAAUCUCCACUUAUUUUCUUCUUCCUCACCGUGAAGCAAAUGUAUCAGUAUAUUCAAUGCCAGGGUCUCGCUCAUUAAAAAGCAAAUUGAAAAUUCCUCCUUUCUCAA